AUGCCGGAGUACGCGGUGGUCAUCAUGCGCUACGGACCCUACAGCGCUGUCGGCCUGUCGGUGGAGCACCGCACCUUCCGCCUGCAGGGCUUGCAAGCCGUGCUGGCCGCAGAUGGGCACGAAGUCAUCUUAGAGAAGAUAGAUGACUGGAAUGUGGUCGAGCUGGUGGUGAAUGAAGAAGUUGUCUUCCACUGCAACAUCAAUGACCUGGAGUUUGGAGGCGAUGGUAAACUGGACCCACUCUGCGAACAGGCCAGAAGAGCCGUGCUAGACGCCUACUGA